AUGUGGCAACUCAGUGUAGAUCAAUACGAAAGGAUGCAGCGGACGAGCAUGGAGGCCUUCUUUGAGACCCUCACGGAAUUUUGUCCAAGGGAGUUUCUGGAGAUCGAGAAGUUAUGCGGACUUCGCUACGACCCAUUGGUACCGCCGGUCUUCGACCACACAAAUCCUGCGGAGCUGGAGGUGAUGAAGAAGGUACUACGCGACAUUAAUAAGCACAGAAGGAACCUUCGCGAGCAGGGCUGGUGGAAAACCGUCGUCAUGUGCCGUCACUGCGGCACAACGACCAAAUCCCGAAAGCAAGGUUAA